CAUAUUACAGCAUCCUACGCUUCAGAAGAUCGAGUUUUCUAACUACGAGCUGACAUGGAUUAUCUUUAAACCACUCGUUGACAGUUUUUCCAUCAGGUAUCUUGGGCAGUGAGGUUUUUUUUGAGUCGAGGGAUUUUUUUUUUCAAAUUACAAGUAUGACGAAUACAGGCAGAAAAGGCUCGAGCCGAAAAAGUCAGCAGCAAGAUUCGUUUUAUUUCACCGAGCUUACACUUAAGGAUCUUGAAUACCAGAAUUUAGAUGCAAUAACUAAAAUUAAAUUAUUUUUCUAUGAUAAAGAGGCUGGAACCAUCUUUGGAAAAAGUCCUUUACGAUGGGGAAGAUUUCUAUUAUUCUAUCUGAUAUUCUACUCGAUAUUAGCCGCUAUGUCACUUUGUCUAUGGUGGAUUUUCUCACUAACGCUGAAUCCUCGAACACCAAGACACUUGACAUCAGAUUCUCUAAUCGGGACCAAUCCUGGUCUUGGUUUUCGUCCAUUACCAUCCAGUGAAAAUGUUCUAAGUUCUUUGAUCUGGUAUCAAGGAACCAAAAACGAAAGCUUUUUCUUCUGGACCAAAAGUUUGAAAGAUUUUCUAGAAGUGUAUAAAAGACCCGGAUUGACUCCAGGAAGAGGACAAAAUAUAUACAACUGUGAUUUCGAUCGACCACCGAAACCUGGGCAAGUGUGUGACGUAGAUGUAAAAUUACUAGCUCCAUGUACUGAAGAAAACUACUUUAUGUAUCAUCAGUCUAGUCCUUGUGUAUUAUUGAAGCUCAAUAAGAUUUAUGGAUGGAGACCAGAUUUCUACAAAGAUCCCAAAGAAUUACCCGCCGAUAUGCCUAAACAUUUGAGAGAACGUAUUACUCAUCUCGCCAAAUCUCCGAAUCCAACCGAUCAAGCCAAAUUGAAUACGGUAUGGGUUUCGUGCAAAGGUGAGAGUCCAGCUGAUGCAGAAUUCAUCGGUGUAGUCGAUUACCAUCCUAUGGAAGGAUUCCCUGGAUUCUUCUUCCCGUACGAAAACUCCGAAGGUUAUCUUAGUCCAUUGGUCGCCGUUCAUUUCAAAAGACCUAAACCUGGAGUUUUGAUCAAUAUCGAAUGCAGAGCUUGGGCUAAAAACAUCCUGUAUCGCCAUAAAGACAAACAAGGAUCUGUUCACUUUGAAUUAAUGAUUGACUGAAGCAUGGUCACUGCCAAGACUUUCUAAGCAGAUAACAGAUCUCUCCAAGUCUCCAGUGAGCAUUAAUCUUAAGAAAAAUAUUUUUCUACUCGUCGCACAUUUUGAAAAAAUUUCUAUAUUAGCAAUUUGAAAGUGAAAUAAGCAAUUCGCAGUAUUAUGAUAGCAUCUAGUGUCAUUUUUUCAAAUCAAGUCAAUGGCAUUAUUUGCAUAAGUGUUGUGUCUAUGAAAAAUACGUGAAUUUUUUUUUUUUUUACCUGUGGUAAGUUUUGUAUUACGAACGUUUUAAACCGCGUGUUAUUUAUUUUAGGUAAUUUUUUAAUAGUAUUUUCUUUUUUUACUUCGAGCGGCCUUUUUUUAUAGUUGAUAUUUAUAUGCACGGAAUUCAAUUUUUAAUACUCCGAAUCUCUCUUCUUUUUUUUUUAAAUAUCAGAAAUAAAGAUGAUUUUUCGUUAUUAAAGUUGUUUCUGUUUAUUAAUAUAAGGUGUACUUGGUUUUACUAUUAUCGUGUUACAGUUUCGUAAUACCAUACUUUAAUCCUGUAAUGUGACAAAGCUCGUGAAAUAAUUAAACACCUACGUGAA